GGCCGCUGCCAAUGCAACGCCAGGGAAAAGGAACGGGGAGAGCGGACCCCGCUGCCUGGAAAUAUACUUCAAAGUCCACUCAGAAAUCUCUUUGGAGGGAUAUUCCAGGAAAACCCCAGAAGAGGAAUCGCUAAGUUGACUUCACGUUCUCCCUUCCCCUUUUCCCAUCCUCCACUGCCCCAAGAUGGCUUCCGACAGCCCGGAGUCUCUGAUGACUUUGUGCAUAGAUUAUUGUCUUCACAACCUGGAAGGGACUCUCUGCUACUUGUUGGACAAUGAGAGUUUCCGCCUCCAGACGGAUAUUUUCCUUCCGAGCGAGAUCUGCGACAGGCUGGUCAAUGACUACGUGGACCUGGUCAACGCAGACACCUUGUUUGAACACAAUGAAAACUUUUUUAGUCUAUUUUCGGAUCCUCGGAGCACUCGGCUUGCCCGCAUCCACUUGCGAGACGACAUUGUCCAGGAUCAAGACCUGGAGGCCAUUCGGAAGCAAGACCUGGUUGAGCUUUUCUUGACCAACUGCGAGAAGUUGACGGCGAAGAGCCUCCAGACCCUGGGCAGCUUCAGCCCCACCCUGGUGUCGCUCAGCCUCUUCGGCUGCACCAACUUCUUUUACGAAGAGGAGAACCCGGGCGGCUGCGAGGAUGACUUCAACCCCACCCGGCAAGUCUUGGUGAAGGACUUUACUUUUGAAGGCUUCCGGCGGCUACGUUUCCUCAAUCUGGGCCGGUUGAUUGAAGGGAUCAACGUGGAAAGUCUCCUGCGGCCGCUGGCCUCCCUCGCCGCCCUGGAUCUCUCCUGGAUCCAGCUCAACGACAUCCACUUCCUGACCCAGUGGAAGGACAGCCUCGCCUCCUUGGUGCUGUACAAUAUGGAUCUCUGCGAGGAGCAUAUUCAGGUGAUAGCUCAGCUGCGGAAGCUCAGACAUUUAGACAUCUCCCGAGACUGCCUGUCCAGUUAUUACAAAUUCAAGCUGACCCGCAAAGUCCUGAAUCUCUUCGUGGAGAAUCUGAGCAACCUGACUUCUCUGGAUAUCUCGGGUCACACCAUGCUGGACAACUGCACCGUCGCCUGCUUGGACGAGAAAACAGACCAGCCCAGCACCAACCCAGGGAAAAGCAGCAUUGCUCCCUUCCGGAACCUGAAAAGACCACUGCAGUUCUUGGGGCUGUUCGAGGUCUCUCUUUGCCACGUCACGCACAUCCCGGCCUACAAGGUGACUGGGGAGAAGAAUGAGGAGCAGGUUCUCAACGCCAUUGAGGCGUACACCGAACACCGGCAGGAUAUCACUUCGCGAGCCCUCAAUAUCCUCUUCGACAUCGUGCGGAUCGAACGCUGCACCCAGCUCUUGAGAGCCCUCAAGCUGGUCAUCACCGCCCUGAAAUGUCACAAGUACGACAAGAACAUCCAAGUCACGGGAAGCGCCGCCCUCUUCUACCUCACCAACUCUGAGUACCGCCCGCAGCAGAGCACCAGGCUACGGCAGCAAGUCAUCCAGGUGGUGCUGAACGGCAUGGAGUCCUACCAGGAAGUCACGGUGCAACGGAACUGCUGCCUCACCUUGUGCAAUUUCAGCAUCCCCGAAGAGCUGGAAUUCCAGUACCAGCGGGUCAACGAGCUGCUGCUCAGCAUCCUCAACCCGACGCGGCAGGACGAGUCCAUCCAGCGCAUCGCCGUGCACCUCUGCAACGCCCUGGUCUGCCAGGUGGACAACGACCACAAGGAGGCCGUCGGCCGGAUGGGGUUCGUCACGACCAUGCUGAAGCUGAUCCAGAAGAAAUUGGGGGAUAAAAUAUGCGAUCAGGUGAUGGAGUUCUCCUGGAGUGCUUUGUGGAACAUCACCGACGAGACGCCAAGCAACUGCGAGAUGUUCCUGAACCACAGCGGCAUGAAACUCUUCCUGGAGUGCUUGAAAGAAUUUCCAAACAAACAGGAGCUGCACCGCAACAUGCUGGGCCUUUUGGGCAACGUAGCCGAAGUCCAAGCUCUCCGUCCUCAGCUUAUGACCUCCCAGUUCAUCAGCGUCUUCAGCAAUUUACUAGACAGCGAAGCCGACGGGAUCGAGGUGUCGUACAACGCCUGCGGGGUCCUUUCCCACAUCAUGUUCGACGGGCCGGAGGCCUGGCUGAUCGCUGAGCCCAGCAGGGACCAGGUGGUGGACCGAAUGUGGGCAGCCAUUCAACGCUGGGAUGUCAAUUCCAGGCGGAACAUCAAUUACAGGUCCUUUGAGCCAAUUCUGAGGCUCCUCCCGCAGUGGGUUUCCCCCGUCAGCCAACACUGGGCCACCUGGGCCCUUUACAACCUGGUCUCCGUCUACCCGGACAAAUACUGCCCCCUGUUGAUCAAAGAAGGGGGCCUUCAGCUCCUGCAGGACAUGAUUCAGAUGGCGUCAGCACGGCCAGAAACACAGGAGAUGGGAAGGAAAGUCAUCGAACACUGCAAUCACUUUACGGACGAGACCAUGGACACCUCCAGAUAGAGGCGAGCGUGGCGUCCCGGCCUCCUCUCCAAUUCACCUGUACAUAGGUUGGACUGUCUCUCCUCACCAGCUUAGCUGUCGGAAGAAGCCCGUAGUGCGUGCUGGGUUGUGUUGGAGGUGUGCCUACCUGGACAUCGUUAAGAAGUCAAGGGAGGCUCAGGAAAUGAGGGUGGGGGUGGGGAAUGGGUGUUUUUUUUUUUUUUAGAAACCACACCUGAGCAGUUGACUUCGAGGGACCAUUAUUAUUUUUUUGCACACUACAAUUGCUUCCCUUUAAAGGUGGAGAUGGAGAUAGGAAAGGGGAGAGGUUUUUAAAAAAGUACUGAUUGGUGUUUUUGUUUGUGUGUGUGUGUGUGUGUGCGUGUGCGUGUGUGUGUCAUGAACUGUAUGAAAUGAAAAUCCACGCUGUCGUGUAUCUGUGGAGCUUUUGGGCAGAGCACGGGGACCUUCCUUCCCAUCGCGGGGCGAGGGUCGCUUCCGCUUUUGCGACGCAAAAAGAUUUAGGCACGGCGAAGCUGCUCAUCCCCAGCCCAGGAAGGACUGUGGGGCUGGGGAUGAUGGGCGCACUCCAAGGCCUCGGAGCACUCCGAUCGGAACACUAAGGAGGAACCUUCCUUGCUUGCCUCUCUUUCGCCACCUUCCCCAUCCCUGCAGCCGAGCUUUGCAAAAAGCAGCGAAGAAAUUUGGGCCGGUUAAUACUGAGGUAGGUCAAAUCUACCCCACUCCUCAACUCCUUCAGAUGCUGUGUGAGGCUUCAGUGCAUGGUGCUAGUUGGUGAUGUCCUUGGGGGGGUUUUAAGAAGCGGGGGGCGGGGGGGAGCUAAUCCUUGCCAGGUCUCGCAGAGUCUUUUAGGGGUAUUGUCUGUGACCAGACAACGUUGGGCAUUGAGAAGGGGUUAAAGUUAGUCCGUAGUUUCUCUGCAAAGUGUUAGGCGUGGAAAUAAACCUGUUGUUGUGUUCUGAAGACAGGGCAGAGACUGCCGCUCGCUACCUGGAUGACCACACACGUGAGGUUGAAACUCUUGAAUCACCAGGAAGCUUUGCUAAGACAGAGGCCCCCCCAAAAACACAGGUCUCUCUCUAGCCAGGAAAAAAAAACCGAGAAUCUCCUUCUUAACUUGGUUUCUUUGGAAGCUGAGUGGCUGGAUGAGAAAACUGAGGCAGAUUGAAGAACUUGCAAAUGUAGAUUAAAACUUGUGAAUUUGGGCUCUCCUUCCCUCCCCUGGAUCCAGCAGGGAGGUAACAUACAGCAUGGCAGAAUCUCCCCAAAAUACGGACGAGGCCACCUUUAGACCUCAUCGUUUGACAAACCAAGGAAGGUUUGGCUAACUGGUUGCAAAACCAGGCUUACAUCUAUAUAUAUAUAUAUUUUAAAAAGUUUAAGUCUGCAAAAAUGCCCCUUCUUCUAUUAUGCAGGCUUCCUUAA